GAUGUGUGGAGCGCAUCUUGUGAUUCUGUGUCCUGCUGCCUCUCGGAUCAAGGGAGGGAGAGAGGCAGAGAGGACUGAAAAGAAUAAGGGUCAGUCCGGGGAUUGUCCUGAAAAGGAGAGGAGCUAUUUCUGACUGGGUGUGUGAGAGGAAUGAGUAUCUGUUCUGUGUUUCUUUUUUUGCCCGUGUAAAAAGGACGUAAUUAUUACCAAGCAGCACAAUGAGCAGAACCACGUUCUUUGAGGUGGAGGUCCUUGAUGCCACGACAAAGGAGCAGCUUUGUUUUUUAGAUAAGGUGGAUCCUCACUCUACAAUAGGAGAUAUUAAGAGUCUGUUUUACAAAUCAUAUCCUCAGUGGUACCCAGCAAGACAGGCACUAAGACUUGAUACAAGGGGAAAGUCGCUCAGAGAUGAUGAGAUCUUGCAGAACCUACCAGUGGGAACCACUGCCACCAUGUACUUCAAAGAUCUCGGGCCACAGUUAGGUUGGACUACAGUCUUUUUUGCUGAGUAUAUCGGAGCCCUGCUCACAUACCUCGUCUUCUUUUUUCGAGUGCCAUAUAUCUACUCUCACACAUACGCCCUCAUCUCCAGUCCCCAUCCUGUUGUUACACUGGCCUGUGUCUGCCAUACGUUCCACUAUGUGAAGAGGCUGAUGGAGACCAUCUUUGUGCAUCGCUUCUCCCAUGGGACAAUGCCACUCAGGACGAUAGUCAAAAACUGUGCCUACUACUGGGGUUUCUCUGCCUGGUUAGCCUACUACAUUAACCACCCUCUUUAUACACCUCCAUCAUAUGGAGAACUUCAAGUCAAGUAUGCACUAUUCACAUUUGCGAUGUGUGAAGUGGGGAACCUCUCCAUCCACAUGAGUCUGAGUAACCUAAGAACAGAAGGGUUCAGAGUGAGAAGGUUUCCUACGCCAACCAAGAACCCCUUCACAUGGUUGUUUUUCUUCGUGUCCUGUCCAAAUUAUACUUAUGAGGUUGGAUCUUGGUUGAGCUUCACAGUCAUGACCCAGUGUCUUCCAGUGGCAAUAUACACUUUGUUCGGGUUCAUUCAGAUGACGAUCUGGGCCAAAGUGAAGCACAGAGCCUACAUACGAGAGUUCAAAGACUACCCAAGGGUCCGGAUGGCCAUUAUUCCCCUGAUUCUUUGAUAAUUGCUUAGACCUGUGCUAUUGUUUUCUCGAAUCCAGCACUAUGCAAUUUUAAUACUGAUGGGCUUAAAAGACGCAAUAAUUUAGAAAUACACUACAGUUGAACCUUCAAAACCUCCUGAGAACAUUUUAUUUUAUUUUCAGUUUCAGAACACAUAGACCAACAUUUUUAGCAGUGACAUAAGUGUAUCGUUUUGCCAUGCAGCUUUUAGCUUUUGUGCUAAAAAUUAAGCUGUUCAGAUCAUAAUACAGAAUGAACGAUUGUAAAAAACAAAACAAAACAAAAAACAGUUAAUUACUGCAUUUUCAGCUUGACAAAGAAUUAAUUUUAGUAUAUUCAUAUUAAGCACAGAUGGACACUGUAAGUGAUUUCUAUUAAUCCAAAUGUGUCCAACUGAAGUCCUGCAGGGUUGGCGUCCUGCAUGUUUUAGUUGUGCUCCCACGCAAACUCAGAUUCAGCAGCUGAAUUAGCUCCUUAUGAUGCCAUCAAUUUAGGUGGGAACAUGUAAAUGAAACUUUUAUAUCAUUUCUGGUGUUUUGAACCAGAGAAACAUCAGCUUGCAGGACUUUGGUCCCUCAGGACUGACUUUCCAAUGGAUUCUAAGUAAAUGUAUCACUUUCUCUGUGUUUUAUUUCCACUUGUUGCAAGAUUUUAUUUAUCUGGCUAGCUUUUUCAGAAAAGCUUGAGGAAGUAUUAUUUUGCAUCUCUAUCAUAAAACCAGCAAAUUGUUCUCAUUUCAUGAUAAUUCAUCAACUCUUUUUUUUUUGUUUUAUGAAGAUUUUAGGAAUUUUAGCCAACAAAUGUUAGAAAUAAUGGUUGUUCUUUGUAAGUAAGUGCCUAAAGUAGCAAACCUACAAACUAAUAUUAAGAGUUUAGAGUCGCUUUUGUGCUCUCAGGGGGGAUGCUGCUGAAGCAUUUAGUCAUUAAAUUGUCAAGCUUUUUACUAAAAACAUUGAAUGUGCAGCAACCAUUUGACAUCAACAUGUAGAUGCUUUCACUAUGUAGUUACUAUAAAAAACAUUAUUCUGUCAAAACUCAGGUUUUAUAAAAAAAACAAUUAAAUGUGACUGUAACUACAAAUAAAGGUGCACAUCUUAAAGAAACAUGCACUUUAUUUUAUUUGAUGCUUCUCAUAGAAACAUUCACAUUCAUUCCUCACCUUCUAACGACACCAAGUGUAAUAAAUGUGAGCAAACAAUCAGAGCUGGACAUGUAUAAGAAAAGCAUUUAGAAGAUUUAAACAUUUAAAAAAAAGUUACAACGGGCUGAAAAACGAGUUUGCAGCAGCCAAAGGAUUUUGUAAUAAUCAGUAAAUGUAUUUCACUAAAAAACUGUCAAAACACGGGAGAUUGUGACGCUUGUAAUCAAUAAAGUGCAAAAAAAAUAUGAAAAACUAAGCUUGUUCAAGUGCUUCAUUCACAGGUAUGUAAAGGCAGUUGGAAAGUUUCUCGCUUGGCAUUUGAAGCAGAAAGUACAAAGAGCUACGCUUUCUUCCCAGCCGACAGGGUCCGCAUUUUCUGAUGUUCUUUCGGAAGAUGUCCCCGUCCUUUUUCGUUAGCGGUGUGCCGAUAAAACCUUAAUUACGGAAGCACGAUUAACAAUAGUCACACCACUUUUGCAAACUUGGCAGCUUUGUCGCUAUAUUUAGCGACUUUUCAGACAAAAAAAA